AUGCCUUCUCUGCAACUCCCACCUCGCACAGUCAAGGUCUCUGUUUUGACUGGAAAUGAAACAGCCAAUCGAAUGGCAUCUCUUGUCACAGAGGUUCUAGCUUUCAUUCAACAAACGAGACCUGAAAUUAAGUUCGAUAUUUCACGGCAUCCACCUGGAAAGGCAGAUCCUCCCUCCAGAUCCGAUGUUGUCAUUCUGUGCAACAGCGAUUCUCAAUCCCCUCUAGGGCAAUUCUCAGUCGAAGACAUAUUGGGUCUUCCGAAGGAGUUUGGCUCUCUUGUCAAUAUUCAACCGGUCUUCUUUCCAAGCACUGCGCUUGUUCCCGAAAGCUUGUUGGAGGGUCAAAGUGUUCAGGGUCUCGACAUUACCUUCAUUAGCGAUGCCUCUACGAAUGACAGAUCUGGAGAAGAAAUGCCAACUCAUGAAGCUAUUGAAAAGCUAGCUAAUUGGGUGGGCACCUAUGCUAUGCGGUCUCACCCGCCGAAGACCGUCCACUGUGUUGUGCAGUCAUCAUCUGCGAAGCUUUGGCAACCAGCCAUCACCGAAGCGCUCAAGGAGCGGUUCCCUCACAUCGUGAUCCGAGAUACAUGUAUGGAUACAGUGACUGCGCUCCUUGAUACUCAACCAACUCAGCUGAAUGGUAUUGUUCUGGCUGGUGCAACGGGUGGGGAAAUCCUAGCCGAGAAAGCGCGAGAUAUCAACCGGGGGUUAAGAGAUUUGCUGGCAUCAGCAGUUAUAUCAAUCCCAUCAGGCAGGGACACAAUAAAAACCCCCGGCAUUUUCAAACCAGGAAACAUAACUGCGCAAUCAGGGAUAGUGGAUCCGAUCUCUGUUUUGCCGGCUAUAAGCCUGAUGCUUGACCUCUCAGCCAGUUUGAGUUCUGAGGCUGUGGCCGUGACCAGAGCUAUUCGGCGAACAUUGGACCCGAUUGAGCUUGUCGGAUCCAAUAUUAGAACUACAAGUGCAGGUGGGGUAGCCACAUCAGACGAAUUCAUCAGCAAGUUCAUGGAAAAUCUUGAUUAUUAUCUCGAGGCGGCGAGUGCAGAAGCCGAGGCCCAAAAGCUCAAUCUCCCUAGGAAACUGUUCAGCCGUCCUACAGGCCCGCGGCGUCCGAUGGGCGUAAUCGAAAAAAUAAUGACACAUGCCGCAGUGGGCUUGAACAAGCCAGAAGUACAAACUGGGGAGAUCAUCUGUGUGCAAGUAGACUGGACCUUGACAUCCGAGAUUCUCUGGGCAGGAAUGGAGAAGACUUAUCAUCAAAUGGGUAGGCCUCGUCUGCAUCGCAAUGAUCGCAUGUGGCUAGCCAUCGACCACACUGUUGACCCGCGCAUUAAUCAUCGCCCCAGACAGAAAGGCCUGAUUGAGAAAGCUGAAAGUUUCCAGCGCGAAGCAAAACUUGUGAACUUCUUGCCGGCUAACACCAGCAUCCUUCAUACCGAUUUUACCCGCGACAGAGCACUGCCUGGUCAGAUUAUUGUGGGAUGCGAUUCCCACUCUUGUUCUGCCGGCUGUACGGGAGCUCUAGCUAUCGGACUUGGAGCUGCAGAUGUCGUUAUCCCAAUGGUGACUGGAGAGACUUGGUUUCGAGUACCAGAAAUCUGUCGAAUUAACUUCGUCGGCAAGUUACCAUUCGGAGUUGGUGGAAAGGAUGUUAUCCUUCAUAUACUCGGGCUAUUCAAACGGAAUACGAUUGCUUUCCAGCGUGCAGUCGAAUAUGGUGGCCCGGGACUGAAGGAGCUAUCUAUGGACGCUAGGUUUGCCAUUGCAAAUAUGACAACAGAAUUUGGUGGGAUGGGUUCAUGCUUUGAGGCUGAUGAGAAGACUGCGGAGUGGAUCUCUAAGAGACCAUAUCCAGAGUAUCAAGGUGGUCUUUACUUCAGAGCUGAUCCAGAUGCACAGUAUGCUGAGGUACGCACCGUCAAUCUCUCAGAGGUUGAAUUGACUAUUGCUUUAUAUCCCGACCCAGAUCAUGUCGUUCCCAUCACAGCAAAAGCGGGUAUGAAAUUAGAUGGCUGCUUUAUCGGAGCUUGUACAACAACCGAAGAAGAUCUGAUCAUGGGAGCACUUGUGCUAGACGCUGGUCUACGUGCAGGACUGGUCCCUUGUGAAGGACGGAGAAGGGUCACGCCUGGAAGUCUUACCAUCAUAAAACACCUUGAGCGUCACGGCAUCCUUGAUAUCUACCGCAAGGCAGGAUUUGAUGUUGGAGCACCUGGCUGCUCAUACUGUGUUGGGAUCAACGACGUUGAUGUCGCCGGUGAAGGAGAGGUCUGGCUUUCCUCGCAGAAUCGCAAUUUCCGGAACCGAAUGGGCAAGGGAGCCAUAGGGAGUAUUACGUGUGCUGCAGUGGUUGCCGCUUCCAGUUUUGGCAUGAUUGUCACCGAUCCCCGACCGCUAUUGGAUCAGAUUGAUAGGGCUAGACUUGACAAAAUCCUUGGGAAAGAAAGGGUCUCGCUUGUCAUUGCACCUGAAAUCACCGAGCCUAACCCAGUCAUUGCAUCGAAUGAUACUCCAGUUCUUGCAGAAAGCAUCAGCACCUCUGAAGAGACCAAAGCUUCUACGGAAUACACAUCCAAGACUUCUACGAAAGGAAUCAUUCGCUCGAGAAUUCAGCGGUUUGGUGAGAAUAUCGAUACUGAUGCAAUCAUCCCUGCCGAAUUCGUACCGGGAGUUGACAAUGCUGAGCUGGGCAGUCACUGUUUCGAAUACUAUCGCCCUGAGUUCCGCCAGAAAACAGCGAAUGGUUCAAAAAUUAUUGUUGCAGAUCGUGGAUUCGGCAGCGGCUCAUCCCGUGAAGAUGCUGUUCGGGCCUUGCAAGGAGCCGGAAUCGAAGCAGUCAUUGCGCCUACAUUUGCAUUCAUUUAUGAUCGAAACCAGUUAAAUAUGGGCCUGUUUAAUAUCACUUUACCUGACCCCGAGUUUUACGCUCUUGCAAAGGAAGACUCAAUUGUUGUCAUCCAUCUCGAGACUCAGACGGUUCAAAUUGAGGGGACAAACCAAGUCUAUCAUUACCAUCAAUCAGAAAUGGAGAAAACCCUUCUUGAAGCUGGUGGCGUACUUCCACUAUAUAACCGUUUCGGCCGCUCUGUCUUCCGGCAGAUUGCUAAAUCGGUUACGCGGCAUAGAGCGGGCGAUUCGGGUAUUCAGGCUUCAAAGAGUGGGCGAGAAACUAUGGACUGGUGA